UCAUGAUGUGCGGAAAAUAUAUUGCACAAAUAAACAUGGCGGCCCCCAGGACAAAUUCGUCCUGGAGGAUUUGCCGGCGAUAUAGAGUCUUUUUCUAUUUUUGUUUUAUAGCUUUGUCAAUUCAGUUAUUUCUAGGAUAUAGCUUCUAUUCUUUAAAUCAACAAGAAAUUAACAAACUUCAUCAGUGGAAGUCGGAUGUGGAAAAAAUGUUGAAAACACCAGUUCCAAAUUUUACGGCAUCUUCGAAUGAUCACCCCAAAUCACUUAAAAAUCAACCGUCUGAGACUGAAAGAAAUCACGCAAGGUUCCAUGGUCAACCAUUUGUCAAAACUACUCUGAGAACUAGUUACAAGCUGGUAAAGACGAUUUAUAAGACUGAUAGUAAAAAGCUGAACUGUAGUAAGGUGUCAACAAAGGAGGCAAGCUCGGCACUGUCACGUGUCAAAACAGACUCGUGUAAAAAAGAAAUACUUGAUGUAGUAUGUAGAAAUGAGCACCAUAUGCUGUACCCCUCUUCCCUUCCUAGAACAUGUCACCUCAAAGGUAAAGAGCCACGUGGUAAAUACUUUGGGUGUUUUAAAGACAAUCAGAAGGAGAGAGAUUUGACAAACUUCAAUGUCAUAUUUGCAGUGGAUAAUUGUCCAAACAAGUGUAUAGAUUUCUGCCUCACUGGGAGUUAUAUGUAUGCUGGUGUACAGUACAGGGAUGAAUGCUGGUGUGGUAACAGUUAUGGCAAGUAUGGAUCUCUACCUGAGACCUCAUGCAGCACUAUUUGUCCUGGUAACUCUUCAGAUACAUGUGGUGGUUACAAUGCUCAGAGAAUUUUCAGUACAGGUUUACCAGAGAAGAAAACCAUCAAAGCCGAGUUGGUAUAUACCGCUAAUUCUGUAAAAGAUCUGACACCAGUAAGAAUAGUUUUUGUGCUAACAGUGAAUGGUCGUGCCGUUAGGCAGGUUCGCAGGUUGAUAAAUAUAUUGUUUGAUCCAAACCAUUAUUUCUACAUCCAUGUUGACAGUAGAUCAGAGUACAUGUACCGUGAGUUGUUGCCUCUGGAAAAGAAGUUGUUGAAUGUGAGGUUUUCUAGAAAAAGGUUUGCUACUAUUUGGGGUGGAGCAAGUCUGCUGCAAGCACAUUUAACUUUCAUGGAGAGCCUUCUUGAAAUGGCAGACUGGCACUGGGAUUAUUACAUUAACCUUAGUGAAAGUGAUUAUCCAGUGAAAACUGUUGCAUCACUGACAACUUUUCUAACAAGAUAUAGAGGAAAUAAUUUCUUGAAGUCCAAUGGAAGAGAAACACCAACAUUUAUCAAGAAGCAGGGAUUGAACUGGUUAUUUCAUGAAUGUGAUAACCAUUUAUGGAGAUUGGGUAAAUGUGAGUUACCAAGGGGUAUAAGUUAUGAUGGUGGUAGUGACUGGAUUGGACUUUAUCGUGACUUUAUAGAAUAUUCUGUAAGGUCAAAUGAUGAGCUGAAUACUGGCUUGAAGAAGUUUUACAAGUAUACCUUACUGCCAGUAGAGUCAUUUUUCCAUGUGUUACUGCUGAACAGUGAAUUCUGUGAAUCUUGGGUGGACAAUAAUCUUCACUUGACCAACUGGAAACGUAAACAGGGUUGUAAAUGUCAACAUAAAAACCAGGUAGAUUGGUGUGGCUGUUCUCCAAAUGUCUUCAAAAUAGAAGAUCAUGACAGGCUUCAGACAUACAAAGGGAAAGUGGCAUUCUUUGCUAGGAAGUUUGAACCAGUGAUAAACCAGGAAAUUAUAAAUGAUGUGGACACUAUGAUGGGGCGUGACCUGAUAGAUUUACCAGGCCUUAACCGUCACUGGCAUAAUGAUUACCAUUUCAAAGAUUCAUUUGACAAGAGAACUGAUCUGUGGUUGACCUUUGCAAAGUCAUUUGUGAGACACAAUCAAGAAGUUUUAGGAUCAGCCACUUCAAAUUGUAUCAUGUCUAAUGUUCGCAUCUUAGAAUCUCAUGUGCUGAAUUUAGCAGAUAGCUUUCAUAGAUAUGUGAUCAAGUACAAUGUGUCAUUACCAGGGAGAAGUGUUCCAGUGACAUUAGAGAGUCAGUUUAGUUACAAACAGCAUUAUAACAUCAUAGAUCCUUUAGGACCAAUCGGACGACUACAAAAUCUAGAGGUUGGUACAGAUUUUGAUCUGAAAGAGCUUGUGUUUAGAAAUUACCCAAAAUUCCUUGGUCCUAACAGUGAGGUAGCAUUACGUCAUGUUUGGGGCUAUGGUACUGAAACCACCUUCUCUGUGGCGUGGAUAGAUCCUGCAGGGAUUGUAGCAGCCUAUCAGGAUGUCACAGUGACUAAAGAAACUCAUAUAGAUGCCCAUAAGCCUAAGCUUAAAACUCCACUGAGACCAGGUGUUUGGACUGUUAAAGUGUUGUAUAAAUUGAAAAUUUGUGCAGAAAUUCAGUUUAUAAUUCUUCCAUUAUCUACGCAUAAUAAUGUGCCAUUGACAUUAGAUGAUGUUAUUUCAUUACAUAAUGGCCCUUCAGGGUUGUAUUCUCGCGCAGACUAUAGUGAUUUUACAGAAAAGCUUGGCAUAAAAAAUCCUACAAAGUUACUCCAAGAAUCUGUGAUAAAUGGACAUAAAUUUGGUCCUGAUUUGGAUGCCUGGAUUGAUGAGUUGACCGCAUUUUCAUGGUCAGUCCAGGACACGUGUACAGUUUCUGACCUAGAUCAGAGUUGUCCACCCCUUGAUCUCUGUUCUUCCACUAGAUGGAGCUCCAUGUCACCAGAUCCAAAGUCAGAAAUAUCUCAAAUUAUGUUAAGUAAUUUACAGAUUUAAGAAAAAGCUCUUCCAAAUAUAAUAUUUAUCUAUCUGUGAUAUGUUAAUGUUACAGAGAAUUCUUGUACAUGAACUAUGUUUGUGAGAGUACAAGAUGACACUGAAUAGUUGUAACUGUUGUAUUUGAUACCACAGUCAACUUGUUAACUUCUUGCUUGUAAAUUUGUUUUGCAGCAGACAACAUUGACAUAAAUGUUAUUGUUUAUAUAAACUCCGGGAUUGAUCUGAAGUUUUGUGAAAUAGAUAUUAGCUCUAAUUAUUAUUUUGAAUUUUGAAAGGUCCUAAUAAGAUUUUCUUUAUGUUUUGUUAUAAAGUAUUGUAUAACUUCAAGUUGAAGCAAUUGAAACAGAAGUACUACAAUGUGCCUUUUGUACAUUUAUAUUUAAGUUGAACUUCAUUUUUAUGCUAAAAACAGCAGAUGCUGCAUUUUUUCAUUAUUUUUCAUGAGCAGUCUCAAUCAAACUGAGUCUUAAAUUUUCAAAACUUGUAGCCCCUUGUUCUAUGAUAUCACAGUAGAAAAGACUGAAAUAUAAAAAUCAGUCAUGAAUAAAAAUUCAUGUUAAUUCAUUUAAAUAAAAGAUCCUUUUCCAAUGCUAGUUGUUCAAAAUUUAUUCCUAAAAAUUCAAAGAAAACUACUGUUUUUCACCUAUUUACAUUAUCGUGUGUAAAGGGAGGUAACUAAGAUAUCUCAGUUAAUCUCCAAAGUUAAAAGUAUAGCCAGAGAUAUAUGUCAGAAUUCAUAAAAAUGUAGUGAAUAGGUGUCAAGAGUUAACUUGUUUAAAAAGUAAAUCUUCAAUAGUUGAUCAAGUGUUCUGAAAAAUAAAAUCUGUGCUGAAUGAGUGGACAGGAUUUUCUUUAUGAAUUCAUGAUUUAAUUUGUUUUGUAUUUAUUAACCAUGUAUCAUUAAUUUUAUUUUAUUUCUUUAUAGAUCUUGUUUCGAUCGCUCUGGAGGGAUCUCUUCUUAUUCCAGAUAUUUUGUUGAUUUUAGUACAUCCGUCAUAAAGUAUAUGUUUCUAUUUGUAUUUAUUAUUACCUGUAUGUUGUUGUGUAACCACCAGAUUUUUUUCAAUUAAAAUGUUUUUGGCUCACCUACGCACAACAUGGUGAGCUUUUGUGAUCCCCAGAUGUCUGUUGUCAUGCGUCAUCAACAAUUUCUUUUUCACAACCUCUGAAACUAAUGAUUGGAAAUGAACCAAACUUUAUAAAAAUAAUCCUUAGGUGGCACCCUUCAAUUGUUCAAAUGGGUCUGUUGCAUAAGUAGGUCACAGGGCCAAUAGAAAGUUUCAAACUGCAAAUUAGGAAAAUCUUCUUGUCUGAAAGUACAUGGCUCAGAUUGUUUAUAUUUGGUAUAUGAUAUCUGGGGCUGGGGCGAGUAUCCGAGUACUUGGAUAAUCACGAAUCAAAGUGUAAAAUCAAGUUUAAAUAUUCGUAAGCCCAGAGAUCGUGGAUCGCGAUCUUAUUUGUUUAUAUACAUUCACUGUGGGAACACUCUAAAAGUCGAGAAAAAUUCGAUUUGAGUAUAAAUUAUGGCAAGUUUACCUAAAUACAAUUUGCCGGUUAAAGACCAUGUACCAUGAUGCUGAGCUAGGAAGUACAUGGUUUUCAAAAAACAAAACAAAAAUACUCA